AUGAACGACGACGACCAACAACAACAACAGAUAGUGGAGCAGGCCAAGACGAGUUUCAUACCCCGGGCGCACGCCGCGAGGUUCUUCGGCUUCGUGUAUGGCAUGUUCUACAUCGGCCAGUUCCUCCUGGAGUCCUUGCUCGCGUGCCUGCCCGUCGAGAGGGUGGGCCGAAACACGUCCCCGCCCGGCCGGCUGACGGUGGUCCUGUCCUCCGUGCUAGGCUGGAAGUCGAUACGCGCCAAGGAGUUCCGCGACGGGGAGGACCUAAUCGACGCGCUGCGAUGCUCGUGCGCGUGCUUCCCCCUGGUGCUGCCGCACGUGUUCCGGGGGAAGCGGUGCUUCGACGGGGUGUUCUCCGAGGGACCGAGCGCUCCCAGCUUCGACGAGGAGGAGGCUAGGGGACUCAAGACGGUGACCAUCAGCCCGCUGUACGCCAGCACCGCGUCGAUCCGCCCUUCCCGGUACGUGCCCCUCUCCUGGAUCGCCCUGCCUCCGAACGACCCCGGGGCGAUCGACUGGCUCUACGACCUAGGGUACCGCGACGCGCUCUUCUGGAUGGCCAACGAAGGGAUCGACCACACCUGCUCGCACGUGUCCAGGCUCUCCAGGUUCUCAAGCAGCAGCACCGGAUGCGCUCCCGACAGCACCAUGGCCAAGGACAGCGUUUUAGAGGGUGGGGCAUCCGCCCUCCGCAGAAGAGAGAGCAGCAGCAGCAGCAGUGAAGGCGACGACGACGAGAACGACGGUACGUUGGCGGCGGAGAGGGCGACGCCUUCGAACCCUACGACGCCUGCUAGCAGCAGAAGAAGCUCGUCUAACUUUUCUGGCAGGACGUCAUUGGAGGAAAUGGCGUCUUUUUCGUCGGCGGCUCCUCCUCCUGGUAGCAGCAGUAGAGGGUUGGAACAAGGGAAUAACGGCAAUGAAUCGCUAUUACCGCCAUCGCUAUCAUCGCAAUCGCCAUCGUCGUCCUCGUCGUCGGGUGUUGCAGCCAGACGAGGUAACGAAGGAGUAGGACUCAAAUCAACAACGGCACGGGAAGACGGGCAGGGGAGAAGGAACGGAGUCGGCCAAGAGAGGCAGUUCUAUGUCAGGCCGUCCUUCACCCUGUCCGGCUGCCGCAUGCGUCCCCGCCGAGAGCGGCACGCCGAGCUCGACGCCCCCCGGUUCGUCCCCUCCCUCGAGAAGUUCGUGGGCCACGGGAGCUACCACGCCCUGGCCGACUCCCUCUUCUGCGUCUUCUUCAACGUCGUGUGGCGCCCCGCCGCGGCCCUCCUCCUCUGCGCCGAGCUCGUCACAAGCCUCCUCCUAGCGUCCUCGCGGGCGUUCGCGAAGGACCUCCGGCCGCUGCUGUGGUGGCUCCUCCCGACCCUUCUCCUGGGAGGGGCUGCCUUGGAGCACCGGCCGAUCGCGACACAGGGCAUAGCGGCGGCUGUCGCUGUAGCGGCGGUGGUGGCGGCCGCGGCCAGCCGGGAGGGGGCUCCGGGGAAGGAGAGUUGGCGGGAGGCACGGCAGUCCGCGCGAGCGCUGGUCGACUUCCGCUGCGUGCUGGUGAACACCCUGCUGCUACCGUGGGGACGAGGAGGGAGGGGAGAGGCGCGUGAAGGGGGUGCGGGCGUAAAGUCGGAGGCUCUCGAGGGAAGCUUCAUGUACAGGGCUGUGUCGUUUUUCAUGUGAACAUGCAUAUAUAUGACGCUGUGCAAGGGUGCACGAAAAAUGUUUUUUCGGCGCCAAUGCACCCAAGUUCUUAUGUGGGACAUUUUCGAGGGGGAGGGGGGUAGUCUAUUCCUAUAUGUACCAUGGCGGGGCCGCGGGGGAGAACCCUGUUUUUGCACGGGUACCCUAUGCGCGAGCUAGAGUCCUCUCUCGCGAACUAUAAGUCAUGGUCAGACGAAACGGGUGCGAAGAACAUUAGGAGAGCACCUAACCCGCUCAAAGUAUGUGUGAAAUAUCGUCCCUCGUAGAACACGAUGUGUCUCCCAUGAAGCGUCUUGCGGGAAGUGUUCUCCAAGUCCCACAAGAGGUGAAAAAUCGACAAUUUUUCCGGCCUUCCCGAGGGAGGGGGGCGGGUUACCUAGGUGUGCGGGAUGACUUUUACGUGUACCCUGCGCUGCGGGACAUUUUUUUACAGUUGUUUGCGUCCGCAGUUGCUUCAGGACCUAGUUUUGGCCGCGGCUGGGGGUCUUGUUUGUGGUAAUUGUUAGGGUUAUGCUGUAGUAGUAAAUGGCCGCUACUGUAUACAUCGUGGGGUUCAGUGGGGCUCUUCACCGAACUAAAAAAUUAAACGGUGCUCAAGCAAGCUCAAGUUCUAUCGGUUAAUAUAAUAGAUGAUGAGUAUCACUGCCACGUUUGUAACUGCGGGCACGAACAACUGUGACUGUGUCGAUUUGGUGGUGGAAGUGGGUGGGCGCGGGGGCGGUGAGCAGUGGCGAGGUUGGAGAUAUUUAUCGUCAUGGUGUAGGUCGGCUAGGUAGGGUGUAGAGGCGGCUCCUCCGAGGGUCUUCUUCCUCCGUGUGCGGGACGCACGGUCUCUCCUACCACCACGGAUGAAUGCCACACAUGCUGAUGACCAUUCAUUGCCAUCUAUUACUAUCGCUUAGCGUGAGCUAGCUUAUUAUGCCGACGGCGAUGUGUGCGUGUCCAAAGCGUUCUUUUGAUGAGAACGCUUGCAAACCUUGUGGGUAGUAGUAACCAACCGGUGGGGAGGGGGUCUAGAGGGUGCACAAUUAAUUGUGUGUCGCUUCAUGUCUCAUCUGCGUUCGAGUCCUUCUGUUUUUGGUCAGUACCACCACGAAAGCGCGUUUCCUUUUCUCUGAUGAAGGGUAGGGAGCAUGACGCAUUGGCUACCAGCCAGACCGGUUCGUGAGUACAGCGGAAGAGCAAGGUUUCUGAAAACCUUCGCUGUAGAAAAAACGACGACAUUGCGUUUGGAAGAGAUGGCAUGGUCAUCCAUCCCAACGGGGGCAAGCGAUCUUGUACAUGGCAGAUUCAUUUUUUUGUGCAACCGACUUGGAAGAUCCGAGGCCAACUAGUUGAUACUUGGGGGGACAUUUGGUGCAACCGUCUCCUAUAAAGUCUUUCGGGGCACAUUGAUUGCGUGCACGAAAGGAACACGUCUUUCGGGAGC